UGUUGUUAGCAUACUUGCAAAUGAUAUUCAACGAUAAAGCGCGGUGCGCAUGCGUCUGUUGUAUGGUGUGUGCGUGAAAGUGCGUAUGUGUGUACGUAUUAGUACGCUCUCCUGAAUCGCGCAAAAUACUUUACGCAUACACGAGUGGAUAUAUUUGCGCACGGUACAUAUCUGUGAACUGACAGCUGCCAGCACGAGAAACAGAAGUGGCAGAUCAUGUAAGAAUCUCUCGAGCUGACAAAAUAAUUAACCAUCCCACGAGCGGUUGCACUGCCAAAAAGAUACGUUAGAAGAGUUGGCAGAAUAGGCAGACGUAGGAACAGUAGCGGGCGAAGGAGUGGACGAUCCAGAGGCGGAAUGACACGUCCUCCUAAUAAUGACAAUCUUAUGACCUUUAAACUGGUCGUUGUUGGAGAUGGAGGGGUCGGCAAGAGUGCCCUUACGAUACAGUUUUUUCAGAAACUGUUUGUCGCAGAUUAUGAUCCAACUAUUGAAGAUAGUUAUAUUCAACAUACAGAGAUAGAUGGCCAAUGGUGUAUCUUGGAUGUAUUGGAUACGGCUGGUCAAGAAGAAUUUAGUGCUAUGCGUGAACAAUACAUGCGUAAAGGUGAUGGAUUUCUUUUGGUAUAUUCUGUAACUGAUAAACAGUCUUAUCAAAACAUUGUCAAUUUUCAUACUCAAAUUCUACGAGUGAAAGACAGAGAUAUUUAUCCUAUGCUAUUGGUAGCCAAUAAAGUUGAUUUAGUGCAUUUGAGAAAAGUCACAGAGGAACAGGGAAGAGAAUUGGCUCAUCGUUUGGGCAUACCUUAUAUUGAAACUUCUGCCAAAGAUCCACCCUUAAAUGUAGAUGCUGCAUUUCAUGAGGUUGUUCGUAUUAUUAAAAAUCAACCACCAGCUGAAUUGGAGAAAAAUCAAAGAAAACGGCGGCGUUCGAGGAAAUGUAACAUUUUAUAAGCUACAAAGACAGAGUAUAUGUACACACAAUUGUGUAAGAACUAAGGACCAUGGUGCUGCAUCAUAAUCGUGCAACGCCUUUAUUUCCGAGAGAGUCCUUGAGUUUAGAAGAAAGAAUUAUCAAAAAGAACGAUUCUUCUGUUCCUCAGUAUAAGAUACUCAGGAUUUAGCGUUCCUCGGAUACUCACGUGUCACUCAUAUGAUCUGUAAUAAUGCUACGUCGUUUUAUAUCGCCGUCCAUGAGAGUACACGAGGACAGGAAACGCGCGCAGGAUUGUAUCCAAGCGUGGGCGGAUAAGGUCCACUUGUGCGCGUGAACGAGACCAAAAAAGGAAAGCGCGCGAUACAUAUUUAUAACAAUAGAAACGCAAUUUGCGUAUACUUAAGUACGUUUGUGGACAUGCAUAGAUAACUAAGGCGUCAAACUAUUGAAUGUUGUUGCCGAUAACAAAGUGUGAAAAAAAAUUCGUCUUUUUAAAGCAAAGAAAAAGGCACAAUUAAUUCUUAUAAUUUUUUUUUUUAAUAUCAAAUACAAUCUCGUAACGAUUUCUCCAAAAUGCAGUUGCGUAUAUGUUGAAGAUUUAAUACUGUAUGUAAUAUUCACUUUUUACAGAGCGCUUUACGUUAUUUAUAUGACAUACAUACUUGAAGAUGUUAUCAAUCGAUGAAGUUAUUAUUUAUUUUACAAAUCUAAAAUUCAACACACGCAAUCUGUCAAGUACAGUAGAGUACAGUCGAUAAUCGAUCGAAAGAAAGAUAAUAGUAACAGAAUUUUUUAAUAUAGAAUAUAGUUUAUCGAUUAAAGGAUUCCUAUAUUUCUCAUAUAAUUUAUCUUGCAUAAUUUUAUUACUGGUAAAUUAAGAAAAUUUGAAUUUGAAAUGAGAAAAAAGUGAAAACUUCCAGCAAGAGCUUAGACUGAUCGUAAAAACCAAGUACAGUUACAAAAUUGAAAUUAGAAACGACCAUGACAUAUAUAUUACACGUUCAAUCGUGAGCAUUAAAGUCGCGAAAUAGCAAGAAAGAAAAAAAGGAUUAUUUUCAGAGUGAAAAAUCGAUAAUACCUUCGUCACCUGCUUCUAGAAGUUAAAGAAAAUUAUCUACGAAAUAUAUAUGUAUAAGUCAAUAUAUUGAACCAUUGUGAUAAUGAAAAUACGAUAAAAAAGAUUAUAAUGAAUGCAGAAGGUUGUGAUUGUCACAUCAUCGAAAGACUAACCGUGAUAAGGACGGUUGACUUUCCGAACCUCAGUAUCGAAAAACAUUCUUUCUUAAGAAUUAUCAUUGUCGUUCAUCCGCACGUUCACUACUAUUAUUACCGUCGUUCGUCGCAUCAAACGUGCGAAUGUACAACUUUUACAUUAUUGUGUAAAAAAAAUAUAACUACAUGGUAUAUAGUAAGGAAAAGACGAGAAAAUAAGUAGGCGCGAGUGUAACAUACAUUACUCUAUGUAUAUAUAUACACACACACACACACACACACACACAUAUGUGUGUAUAGUUACGAGAAUUAUAUAUUUUGAAAA